CUGGGACCCCAGGUCAUGGGUGAACGAACCUACCACGGAGCCCAUUCCUGUUCUGGCACCAACCUCAGGAAAUGCCAGGAUUUAGGAGAUUCAAUUCUUCUGAUUCUGGGCAGCUUCAUCUUGCUCAACGUGGGAAUCAAUGUGGUGACUCUGCUCUGGAAGCAUCUGAAGAACUCCUUGAGGAUUCUUUUCCAUCACUAUUUCCCCAAAGAUACCAAGAACCUGUGUUCGAAAAUCCCUGCCCGAUUCCACCACCGUCCCGGUUUCCUACCUGCGCACGUCAAUCACCUUGACUCUUGGAUACCAGACACAAAUGAUGAGAACAUUUCUACGUGCUGCUGGAUGCCACCCCAGUGUGGACACGGCAGAGCUCCCCAAGAAGCUCCAUGGGAACUGUGGAAAGAAGGACUGAUGGGAGCUGGAGAAGCCCCUCAGGCUGUAGCCAUGAAGACUCAAGCUUCUUCCUUUUCCAGGCCAGAGAUUUCUCCACAAAUUCCAAAGACAAGCAAGCUGAACAUGGUUCUACCAUCUUCACCCCAAGACAACAAGACUAAGGCACCACUUGACAGCCAACCCCAUGCUCCGGCCCAGGCUCUAACCUAUACCUCAACCAACACCCAUGAGCACCCCUCCACCCAGUCCCAGACUCAGACCUCAGAGCACUCUGAAACCAGGGCACAGGGUGUUAAGCAUACACCACCAUCCCGGGCACCUGACUAUAUCCCAGCCCGCAGUGAAGUCCCCAAACCAGCCAAUGCUCUAUCCUCAACCUCAUCCCGUCAACCAGCCCCCACCCCACCCUAUCCCUCCAUCCAUGUCCCACCUCAUAGUCAAUCCCAUAUCUUGGGUCAGGCCCAGGCCCACAUCCUGCCCUCUAGCUCACUCCAGGUUCCAGCCCCAAUCCCAGCCCAGGGCUUAGGCCACAGCCCUAAGCAAAACUCAGUACAUUCAUCACCUCAAGCCCCAGCCAAGUCUCCUGCAUACACUUCCUUCCAAUCCAAAGGCCACGAACCAGUCCCAAUCCCAGUACACACCUUGACCCACUCCCAAGCUGAUGUCCCUAAAGAGACAACGUCUCAAGUCUUAGCACAUUCUCAGAUUCAUUCGUAUGCCCGUACCUCAGUGCCCAACCCAACCUCUGCCUCAGUCCCUUCCCCAACCUUUACCCCAGCCACUUGUGUCCUUACCCCUGUCCCAACCUGUGCCCCAGCCCCUACCCUAGCACUGUCCAUGACCAUGACCACUACUCAAGCGCCUGCUCAAGUUCCUACCACCACCUCUACCCCAAUCCUGUCUUCUGUUCCUUCUAUGGUGGCGACUUUCGGUUCCAACUCUUCUACUGGCCAUAUGGUCUAUGAUGCCCGAGGAGUGAAGCAGAGCACUGUCCUUAAACACAGCUCCCAGGACUCGAGGUAUUUCAGGAAGGACUUGAACAUCCUCUCCAGAUCUCAAGAGGUGACGACCCUGGUAAAUUCUGGUUCUGCUGAGCAAAGACCAAAGCAGUACAGUGGGAGCAGUGCUGAGCCUCCAUCCGGGCCUAUGCUGGGCUACCUGGAGUUGGGGAACAUGGAAUGGAAGAUCUCAGAUAAUGUAAAAGAUAAGUUUUCCAAGCCCAAGACCUUCCCUUACAACAGCGUUCAUCCUUGCUGUUCUGAGAGGAAAACUGAGGAAGCCCAGGCUCCACUCUACCACCAGUUCCUGGUCUAUGCCCAGGACGAUACUCCCUCGAAACCCUGCCUUCACUCUCCCAGCACUACUCAGAGCACACUGCCCACCAUCCCCCCGCCGUGCACUCUCUCUCUGCCGCUUGUUUCUCCCAGAACAUUCACUGUUUCUCAGGCUAACUAUCAGAAGCCCUCCAAUUUAACACAAGCCCCCUCCUUUCUCUCUACUCCCAAUUCUCCUCAGACGGGCUCCUCUUCCCACUUCUCUAUGCCUUCUCAGUUCUCCACCAUUUCUCAGUCCUUAAUCCAACCUCCAAACCCUGAGAAUCAAAACCUUAACCAAGGCCUUGGCCUUCAAAAGACUCCACCAUCCCUUGCCAAGGAUUCUGGAGUUCCCAAGAACACAGGCUUUACACAAGAUCCAGGACUCCAGAAAAACCCGAGCCUUACCCGAGAUCCAGGCCUCCACAAGAACCCAAGCCUUAUCCCAAAUCCAGGAUUCCAGAAGAACCCAGGCCUUACCCAAGAUCCAGGCCUCUGCAAGAACCCAAGCCUUACCCCAAAUCCAGGAUUCCAGAAGAACCCAGGCCUUACCCAAGAUCCAGGCCUCCACAAGAACCCGGGUCUUACCCUGACCCCAAGCAUCAACAAGAAUUUGGGUUUCUACAAAUUUCCAGACCAUACUCAAGAUCUUUACCUCUGCAUGAAUCCAAACAGUUCUCAAGACUCUUGCCUUCAGAAGAAUCUGGAUGUCUCUCAGGACUCUGGCCUAAGGAGUCCAGCUGCCGUUCAAGAUGCUGGUGUCCUUAGGAACCGUCCAGCCUUGGGUGUCAUCCAACACUCUAGUCCCCACAAGAAUGUAUUAUUUAAUGAAACAUCUGGCCAGAGGACUUUGAGCUUUAUGCAAGACUCUCUGGUCUAUAGGAAUGCUCCAUCAAACCAAGAUACUGUAAUCGACAAAAAUAAAGACCCCUCCCCAGAGACCAUCUAUAAGAAGCCAGACCCCUGUCGAGAUUCUGGAGGUAAUAAUGCUACAGGAAAUGUACAACACCCAGGAGUCUGCAGGAAUGUAGGCCUUACCCAAGACUCUAGACCACAGAAGAGCCAGUGCCAUACGGAAGAUUCUGAUGUUAACAAAGGCCCAGGACUUACCAAGGAAUCUGGUCCCCAUAAAAACCUAGAUCUUGUUCAAACUUCUUGCCUCCAUAAGAGCUCUGGUCUCACACAAGACUCAGGAGACUACAAGAAUCUAGGCCUUCUCCAAGAUUCUGGAACCUGUAGAGCCUCAGAUCUUCUCCAAGACUCUGACUCCUACAAGAGCAGUAGUCUCAUCAAUACCACUGAACCUGAAAAAAGAUCAGACCUUAACCAAGAUGUCAGCAUUUACAGUUCAGAACAUAGCCAAAGCUCUAUCCCUCAGGAAUGCCCAGAAACGGAUCAAGAUCCCUGUCCUCAUCGGGACCCAGCACUCGGCCGGGGCUCCGGCUUCAAGCCUCCAGGCCUUACCCAGCAAGCUAGCCCCUGCAAGGACUCAAGCCUUAUCCUAGACCCUGGCCUCACUAAAAGACUAAGCUAUGUUCCAAGUACAGAUUCUGUCCAAAUCUCAGGCUCACUUCCGACAGUAAUGCUAACACCUUCCCCAGUGAAACCUUUCGUAUGCAAGAUGGCGUCUCAAAAGGACAAUACUGGGCAGCACUUAUCCUGGACUCCUGUCCCUGUCAGUCAAAACUCCUGCCCUCCCAAGGCCCAGGUGGUCCCCACGGACCUGAAAUCUUUUUCAGAGGUACCUGUUCUGAUUGAGCUACAACCACCCUCCCGGCGGUUAGACAGCCAAGACUGGGCAUACCCUGUAGAUACAGUUCCUCCAGCUUUCCAGAAAUAUCGCCAGAUGUCUAUGCCUCCCAAAAUCAACUGGAAGCCCCAUUGCCCUGGACCAGGCACCCGGUCAGGUCAUGUGGUCUUUGAUUCCCGCCAGAAACCGUUAGUAACUGGCAGGGAAAAGUGUGAAGCUCUAACUUCCAGGCGUUUUCGUCAAGAGACACCCAGAAACUCAGAGGAGACCCAGAAGGAGUGGGGAUAUGAAAAUGUGAUGAGGACCUUGAACAAAGAUGGGACAAAUACUCAUCGGGAAUAAAGAGACAAGAGAAACA